GAAGUAGGCGAAUAUAUAAACGAACGGCCUGUAAGUUACCCAUUUACACCAGAGUUUAUCCUUAAAGCUGCCAAACAUGAGAUCUUGUAUCCUGGGAUUGUUUCUGUUGUCACCCUUGUUAAUCAAUGUAACAGCAGUAUCGAUCGUCAAAAGACAAAUAGAGGGUGCUCCACUCCGAAUUAGCCAAAAUGAUGCAGAGGUGUGUAAAGACAAAUCUCCAAGAGAAUACUUUCGUCUCUCGUCAGAUAAAGAUUGUCGAGAAGUCAUGAGAUGUUCUUCACAGGGUUUACAAGUUUUGAGGUGUCCUUCUGGACUUUUUUUUGACAUAGAAAGUCAAACAUGUAAUUGGAGAAGUGAGGUUAAUAACUGUGACCAAGUUGAAAAGAGAAAACUAGCCACACCGCUUUUCGCCACCAAUGAACCAAUAUGUAGUGGUAAUCAACUAGCAUGUGGAAACGGUGAUUGUAUGGAAAGAGAACUUUUUUGUAAUGGUAUUCCUGAUUGUUCCGAUGAAUCAGAUGAAAAUGCUUGUACUGAACACGAUCCAAACAGAGCACCACCUUGUGAUCAGAGCCAGUGUAUUCUUCCUGACUGCUUUUGCUCUCCUGACGGCACCCAAAUUCCCGGAAAAUUAGAACCAAAUAACAUCCCUCAGAUGGUAACCAUCACUUUUGACGACGCUGUCAAUAUUAACAACUUGGACGUUUACCAUGAUAUUUUUAAAGAAGGUCGUAACAAUGCCAAUGGCUGUUCUAUUAAAGCCACGUUCUUCGUUUCUCACAAGUAUACCAACUACUCUGCUGUACAAGAGUUACACAGGAAAGGUCACGAGAUAGCAACUCAUUCCAUCACCCACCGUAAUAACGAGAAGUAUUGGACCAACGCUGAUAUCGACACCUGGGCAAAAGAAAUUGCUGGCAACCGACUUAUUCUUGAACGUUUUGCAAACAUUACAGAUAACUCUAUUGUUGGCGUUCGUUCUCCAUAUCUUCGGGUAGGGGGUAACAACCAAUUUGCCAUGAUGGAAGAACAAGCCUUCCUGUAUGACUCCUCUAUCAACGCUCCCCUUAGUAAUCCCCCUCUCUGGCCUUAUACCCUUUACUUCGAAAUGCCCCACAAGUGCCAUGGUAACGGACAACAUUGUCCUACUCGUUCUCAUGCUGUUUGGGAAGUUGUCAUGAAUGAACUGGACCGACGUGAUGAUCCUAAUUUUGAUGAAGAGCUAUCAGGUUGCGUCAUGGUGGACACUUGUAGCAAUAUUAUUACUCGAGACCAGUUCUACGAUUUCCUUAAUAACAACCUGCGACGUCACUACAAUACCAACCGUGCUCCACUCGGUCUUUAUUUCCACGCUGGAUUCUUGAAGCUCAAUUCCAAAUUUUUAGAGGCUCUAAUCACCUGGAUAGACGAAUCUCUAGAGAAGAAUGAUAUCUACUUUGUCACCAUGACGCAAGUUCUUCAGUGGAUGCAAAACCCAACUGAGCUCAGUUCCAUCCGGGAAUUUGCUCAAUGGAAAGAGAAAUGUGACAUCAAAGGUCAAGCAUACUGCAGUAUCCCUAAUGCUUGUCCGACAACCACUAGGGAGUUGCCUGGCGAAACCAACAGAUUACACACGUGUAUGGAAUGUCCUCACAACUAUCCAUGGUUGGAAGACCCCACUGGUGACUUUUUUGCUUUUAAAAAGUAAAUUAACUUAAGGAAAUAACUUAAAUAUAACAACUCUAGUGCUCAUCUUUAGGAUUUGCCAAGAUUCCAAUAGCAUUCUUUGUAUUUCCUGUGUGACAAGUUUGAAGCACGAAAUACUGCAACAGCUUCAAUUAAGGCAACAAUGCGUUUUCUUCAUCAACUCCAGCAACUUUUAUUUACGGAAGUUAACGUAACUUUAGCUAACGGUGUUCAGUUAGGAUCUCAAUUAUCCGAUUGCCAUAAGGAAAGAGAAAUGACACUGUUUUGACACAGAAAUAUCUAAUAGCGAUUUUCUCCAGUCUUAAAGGUCUAAUUAAUGUCUCGGUCAUGAUAAAGGGCGCUUAAAUUCUAUCUCACGUGUACUCCUAAAUAGUUUUGUAUAUAGCCUCUAUUUGCUUAUUUCAAGGAAUUUUAAACAUAUACUUGUUUCACUCAGUUAUUCCAGACCUUGAACACAAGGCUUUAAUAUUGAUAGAUAUGUGGUUGAUUAAUGAGUACGUAUUAAAGAUUGAAUAAUGUGGGUUAGUUAUCCACGUUUAUUUGUUGUUAGUGAAUAUAUAUACCCAUGUUAAAGGUUGAUUGUUGUAUUCAUUUUCUUUCUGUGUAUUAACAAGCAUGAUUUUGUUGCUAAGAAACAAUGUUGAACCACUUAUUGUACGACUAUACUUUAAUAAAGUGUACAUUUUAUACGUUUUA